CAGUGGUCAUCCAUGGAUAUUUCAACAUCACCCACACUCUUCUUGCGAAGCGAGUCUGGAAUACUGCAGCAAUGUAAUUAGUCUACCUUCAGACCGAGAAAAGAAACAAGAGCAUAUUUGUUUAUGUGCUUCCGCGGGGUUUGAUCAGUGUCUGCCGAGGUGUAGCCAAACGCGAGAGCCGCGUACCCAAGAUUCGCACAACAACCUACCGUCGAUCAAAAUGCUCCGGGGUAACCGUUGCUGGAUAAUUGCCGAGCUGUUCAUUGCCGGAAAUGGUCGGCCUAGGCAAAAUUAUCCCUAUCCUUGGUGUUGAGCAUGUGCCUGGCCGUCAUUUUGGGCAUAACUGGUUUAGCUCCCUUGUCCAUUGCGAGUCAGAACGAGGCUACGGCUAUGAAAAACGAGCCAAUUGAUGGCAAACAUAACCGACAACGAAUUUCCAGGCGUGAUGCGGCUCGCAUUCACGCGCAGUAUCGUCGUCCACCUUGUGGCGUUUAUUCCCGCGGUAUCGUGAUUAUGUUAUGCAUUGCCGAAUCCUUUGAAAACGAAUCGCCGGUCGGUGAUGCGAGACUGUGCCGCAACGUGGGCGCAAGCAUUGUGGUGGGUGGCGUGCGGACCCGACGUUCUUGUUGGUUGAAAUGGCCGUUUGCCAAUCAAACAAGCGUGUAUGCACAGUCAGGAUCGCGGAAGCGGAAGCCGCCUCACAAGCUGCCAGUAGCCGGUGGAUACAGAAGCCACACACGCCGUCGUCUUGGUAGUUCUAGCACUGUAGCGAGGAGUCGAGAAACUGGAAGACCCUGUCGAAAACGUGAGGACUCCUUCCCCCCAUUAGGUUAUUGUCUCAAACCUGACCAGGGCAAAUGCAGUGCGACUCCCAUGGGGUUAGCGGAGGACCCACCAGUCCGGGCAACCGGCAAAUAUGCCAUUGACCAAUACGAGAAUCCAGGAACCACAUCUACGCUUACAUCAAACAAAACGAAAACUCGAUGAUGCGGCGCGAUAGUGGCGCUGGCGGGCACUAAUAUGGGUACUGUACGUGCCAGAGACCGCGGAGCAAGACGUAAGACCAUGCCUGUGAUUGAAAAGUCGGCGAUCACAGAGAGGCGUACAAGAGACCCCACGCCCUGCAUCUC